AAUCAUGCCCCGCUCACUCUAAUAAAAAACAUGUAAUCGUAUUUAUUUUCCUUCCAUUUAGUCAGAGGCGCUGAUGUCGGCAUUGUGAUUGGUGGAACGUGACUUUUGACAAAUCCUGCGCUAUCUGUGAAUCUGUAAUCUGUGUUCGUGUUCGUUCGUUCGUUGUCGUUCACUUAUUUUAUAUGGUCGGUUAUGUGAUGUGUUUGUGUCACCAUAAAAAGCUGAUAUUCAGUCGUGUUUUUUGAUAUUUUUGUUAUUUCAUAAUCGAGUACCUUUUUAAAGGUCUAAUGGCUCCGUUCAGCUGUUGUGUGCAGACGGUGAAAAAAUUCGACAAGUAAACAUUUAUUCAAUCCAAAUUACUCAUAUUUCUAUGUAAAAUGUCACAUUAUUGUAUAAAUAAAUAAGUAAGAAACAAAAGUUGUUUGUGUUUUACCUUUAUUGUCCACUUGAAUAAAUAAAAUAUUAAAUAUUGGAAGUACCGUAUGGAGGCUAUGAUGUACCUAGUAUGGAGGCUAGAUUAUGCCACUCUUCCUAUCCAAUCAACAGCAAGAACGUUUAAAAUUUCACACCUAUCAUGUCGAAGCUACAGACCACUUAUGUGGAGGUCAGAUUUAUAGUAUCCUUCCAUUUAACCAGGUGCUGAGAUGGCGCUGAAAUACGUGACAUAUUUUUUGAAGGGUAAGAUCGCAUUCUACCAAAUCACACAACACUUUUUUCUAUGAUACAAAUUAAAUAAUUUUUAUGGGAAUGGUCAUAGUAUAAAACUUAUUUCAAAAACAGAAAAAUGUAGAUUAUCUAAUAAAAAGACCAUUACAUAAUUUGUUUUAUAUGCAUUUAUGUUUUAUAUGCAUUGGUUAUUUGCCCAAUUAAUUCCGUGGUCCAUAUUUACCUUUUAGUUGGUUUGGAUUAUUAAACAAAAAAAUAAGCUUAUUUUAUUAGUAAACAUAACAUUUGGAAUUCCAUGAAUAAAAUGGAAAGAAAAGAGGAAAACGAAGAUACACUAAAAAAUAUCAAGGUUGAGGUUGUUGAGAAUAAUAGUAUUGUUGUCAAGCCUGAAUAUGUCAAAGACUAUGGAGAUGGGGAUUGUGAUAAUAGUUUGGGCCAAAUUAAAACAGAAAUAUCAGUUGAAGAUAUGACAUUUGAACAAAACCAAGAUGAUUUAAAAAGAUUCCAGCAUUUUAAUAGUGAUGUUGAUAAUAUAAAACUAGAGCCUACUGCUAAAGGAAAUCAAAGCAGUGAGCAUGAUAGCUUCAAAAAUGAAAUCAAAGAGGAGUCCGAUAGAGAAAGUAUACAUGAUACAUUUGAUGAUUUAGGCUUAAAUGAACACUCAUUAAAAAUUGAAAUAGAAGAUGAAAAAAAACUUAUGCCAUAUGUAGAAGAACAAACACACGAAGAAGACUUUUCCCAAGCGAAGGACACUUUGGAAAUUAUGAAAACGAUUGACAUAGGUUCAUCCAAUAAAGAGCAACAUGAUAGUCUUACUGAUGAAGAAAACACGUUAAUAUGUCAAAUUUGUGGUAAGAAGAUUGGCAGAAAAAUUAAUUUAAAUCGACACAUGAAAAUUCAUACUGGGAAAAAACUUCACAAGUGUGAAAUUUGUUUGAAGCAGUUUAGUGAAGCAUUUAAUUUGAAAAGACAUUUGAGAGUGCACACUGGAGAAAAACCUCACAAGUGUGAAAUUUGUUUCAAGCAGUGUUCGAAGGCAAGUAGUUUGAAGUCACAUAUGAAAAUACACAACGGAGAAAAAAAUUACAAGUGCAAAAUUUGUUUUAAGCAAUUUAGUACAUCAGGAAAUUUGAAGAUUCAUUUGAGACUACACACUGAAGAAAAACCUUACAAGUGUGAAAUUUGUUUGAAGCAGUUUAGUGAAGUAGGUAGUUUGAAAAAACAUUUGAGAGUGCACACUGGAGAAAAACCUCACAAGUGUGAAAUUUGUUUCAAGCAGUGUUCUGACGCAAGUAAUUUGAAAUCACAUGUGAAAAUACACACUGGGGAAAAACCUUACAAGUGUGAACUUUGUUUUAAGCAGUUUAGUGAAGCAUUUAAUUUGAAAAGACAUUUGAGAGUGCACACUGGAGAAAAACCUCACAAGUGUGAAAUUUGUUUUAAGCUGUUUACUCAAGCAGGUCAGUUGAAAACACAUAUGAGAAUACACACUGGAGAAAAUCCUCACAAGUGUGAAAUUUGUUUCAAGCAGUGUUCAGACCCAAGUAGUUUGAAACAACAUAUGAGAAUACACACUGGAGAAAAACCUUACAAGUGUGAAAUUUGUUUGAAGCAGUUUAGUGAAGCAGGUAAUUUGAAAAAACAUUUGAGAGUGCACACUGGAGAAAAACCUCACAAGUGUGAAAUUUGUUUUAAGCAGUGUUCUAAUGCAAGCAAUUUAAAACAACAUAUAAGAAUUCACAACGGAGAAAAAAAUUUCAAGUGCGAAAUUUGUUUUAAGAAAUUUAGUACAGCAGGAAAUUUGAAGAUACAUUUGAGACUACACACUGGAGAAAAAAAUUACAAGUGCGAAAUUUGUCUUAAGCAGUAUUCUGACGCAAGCUAUUUGAAACAACAUAUGAGAAUACACAACGGAGAAAAAAAUUGCAAGUGCGAAAUUUGUUUUAAGCAAUUUAGUACACCAGGAAGUUUGAAGAUUCAUUUGAGACUACACACUGGAGAAAAGCCAUACAAGUGUGAAAUUUGUUUUAAUCAGUUUACUCAAGCAGGUCAAUUGAAAACACAUAUGAGAAUACACACUGGAGAAAAUCCUCACAAGUGUGAAAUUUGUUUCAAGCAGUGUUCUGACACAAGUAGUUUGAAACAACAUAUGAGAAUACACACUGGAGAAAAACCUUACAAGUGCGAAAUUUGUUUUAAGCAAUUUAGUAAAGCAGGACGUUUGAAGAUUCAUUUGAGACUACACACUGGAGAAAAACCUUACAAGUGUGAAAUUUGUUUGAAGCAAUUUAGUGAAUCAGGUACUUUGAAAAGACAUUUGAGAGUGCACACUGGAGAAAAACCUUACAAGUGUGAAAUUUGCUUUAAGCAGUUUUCUCAUGCAAGUAGUUUGAAACUACAUAUGACACUUCACACUGGAGAAAAAUCUUAAAAGUGCGAAAUUUGUUUUAACCCCUUCGGUACGGUGAUGCACCCAUGUGCAUCAUGCUUGACUGUCCGUUCAGUACGGUGAUGCACACGUGUGCAUCAUGAGUUUUCGUUCGCCAUAAACGGCGGGCCACCAACUGAAUAUUUCAGGUAUUUUUGUUCCGUCCGAAUUACCUUAUUCAAAUCUAAAAGUGGGGAAACCACGCCCAAAAGUGGGUGAUGUCCAGAAGGAGAUUUUAUUUAGUUAAUCUGGAAAAUUCCAUCCGAAUUAUCUUAUUUUUUUUAAUAAUUUUUGUUUAAAAUGACAUUUUAUUGAUAAAUUAUUUUAGUGAUGACAACUUUGGCAUGGUUCUGAUUAAUAUUCGUUCUAUAAGAAAUAAAACUGGUGAAUUAUUUUUGUUUCUGGAGGAAUUAGGAUUUCUUCCGAUAGUUGCGAUUACAGAGCACUGGAUUAAAGUUAACGAGCCU